AAUGUGGCUCCUUCAAUAAAUAUAACUCACACAAAUAAAGGAAUACUUCAUCCUCAAUGAAAGGAUUUCGUUUAUUGUCGGAACAUUGCUUCGGCGGGUGCAACACUUGAAGGAAGGAAUACACUGUAACACUGGGGAAAAUUGGAAAUGAGAGGAAACGUUUAUCGCUUUAUUUUCACAAUUAGCCAGCAACCAAAUUGAUCGGUCUACUUGUGCAUUAACGUCGACAUUUCCAGAAGCGCGCAACGCACAUGCUCGUACGGACCCCUGAUGAAGGUGUGCAGGUAAUAGUUUGAGAGCCCGUAAGACGCCAUGUCUGAAGAGGCCAUUUCAGAAAGUGACCUGGAGGCUAGCCUUAACAGUGAAGAGGGUUUUCAGGAAAAUGAUGAAGAGGAAGACAAUGACGAUACGGAUGAGGGAGAGGAGGAGGAGGAGGGGGAUGAUGAUGAUGAUGAUGAUGAUGAUGAUGAGGAUGAAGACUUUGGAGAUGAUGACGAACACAGUUUGGAUAAACCAGCUAGUGCGCACAGCUGGAAUGAAAAAUCUCAAGAAAGUCGGGACUCCACCUCAGCUACCUCGGAGCCACCGUCACGGCCUGAAUCCCAACCGUCGUCGAGGGCGCCCUCCAGACCAACCUCUCGCUCUCAACUUCCGAGCAGCCCUGGCAAAUCAAGUCAGAGCAAGACACAUUCCAGCAAAUCAAAGAAACAAAAGGCUUCGAAACUAACCAAACCUUUCAAGCCUUCAAAACGAUCCAAACCAUCCAAGCCUGCCAAACCUGCACACAUGAGGAAAAAUAUCAGAAAGCUACUGAACGAGGACCAGCUGGAGGCUGGAACCAAAGCUGCUCAACAGGAAGAGAUGGACAGACGGAAGCGUCUGGAGCAACAGAGGAAAGACUUCCCUACACCAGCUCCAACUUUAUUAGAGUCGCACCUAGUGGACCCAACUUCCUUUUUGGGAGAGAUGUCUCACUUGGUCCCCGCUCUUCUCGGCAAGCAGGAUGUGAUCUGCCUGGACAGCAGCGGUGAUGAAGAUGAAAACAUGGAACCAAAACUCCCAGAGCUUGCAAUGCGAGAUGAUAUAAUUGAACUCAGCUCUGGGGACGAGGACGCCCUGCAGAUAAGCAGUGAGUCGGGCGAUGAGGAGGAUGACGGUGGCCCCGCCGGCACAGAGGAGAGCAGUGGAGCGCACAUCAAUGAUGCUCUGAACUUGCCUGACGCCCAGGGCCGCGUGCUGGUUAAUAUCAACCACCCUGCGGAGGAGAAGGACAUUUAUCUCGCGCCACAGCUGGCCAAGGCUGUCAAACCUCACCAGAUUGGUGGCAUCAGGUUCCUGUAUGAUAACCUGAUUGAGUCUCUGGAGCGUUACAAGAGCAGCAGUGGUUUUGGUUGCAUCCUCGCUCACAGCAUGGGGCUUGGCAAGACACUGCAGGUCAUUUCCUUCAUUGACAUCCUACUGCGGAAUACUGAGGCUCACACUGUCUUGGCUAUUGUUCCUGUGAACACACUUCAGAACUGGCUGGCAGAAUUUAACCUGUGGCUUCCACCACAGGAAGCGCUUUCCUCCGAGACUGACCCCACGUUGUUUACUGGACGUACAUUCAAAGUUCAAAUCCUGAACGAUGAGCACAGAAACACGAUAGCUCGGGCAAAGGUGGUGGAGGACUGGAGCCAAAAUGGAGGCGUGUUGCUGAUGGGCUAUGAGAUGUACCGCCUCCUAACAAUGAAGAAGAGUUUUGUUACUGGCAAAAAGAAAAAAUCAAAGAAGCCCAUGGGGCCUGUCAUCAUUGAUCUAGAUGAGGAAGAUAGACAACAAGAACUCAUGAAAGGUAUUGAAAAAUCCAUUCUACGACCUGGGCCAGAUGUGGUGAUCUGUGACGAAGGCCAUCGCAUUAAGAACUAUCAUGCCAGCACGUCACAGGCUCUGAAGAAUAUCCGUUCGAGGCGCCGAGUGGUUCUGACAGGUUACCCAUUACAGAACAAUCUGAUUGAAUACUGGUGCAUGGUGGAUUUUGUUCGGCCGGACUUCUUAGGCACACGCCAGGAGUUCAGCAAUAUGUUUGAGCGCCCCAUUCUGAACGGGCAAUGUAUGGACAGCACGCCUCACGAUGUUCGCUUGAUGCGUUACCGUAGCCAUGUGCUGCACAGCUUGUUGGAGGGCUUUGUCCAGAGGCGAGGCCAUGAUGUUUUGCAACACCAGCUCCCCAUUAAGAUGGAGCAUGUGAUCUUGGUCCGGCUAUCUCCGAUACAGAAAGCGCUCUAUACUGAGUUUAUGAAUCGCUUCAGAGAGGCAGGAAACAAUGGUUGGCUUGGUCUGAACCCGCUCAAGGCCUUUUGUGUAUGCUGCAAGAUCUGGAAUCACCCGGACGUGCUUUUUGAAACUGUACAGAAAGAGAAUCAGGCAAACGAGCAGGAUCUGGACCUCGACGACAUCGCCGGCGGUCCCAAAGGCAAAGUGUCAGACUCCAAUAACAGCAAAGCCAACAACAUUCCGCCGCUGCUCAAUCCCUCUCAGGAUCGAAGCAAUCAAGUCAUUACUUAUGAAUGGGCAAAAGAACUCAUGUCAAACUACCAGAUAGGACUUCUGGAACACUCGGCCAAAAUGGUGCUACUAUUUCAUUUGAUUGACGAGAGCGUCAGAAGAGGAGACAAGAUUUUGGUCUUCAGUCAAAGCUUGUCCACCCUGACAGUCAUUGAGGACUUCUUAUCAAAGAGACCCAUUCCAUCACAAGACACCACCGAGUCUCAGAACCCCAACUGGGUUCGCAAUCACAAUUAUUAUCGACUGGAUGGGAGCACAUCAUCUUCAGAAAGAGAGCGCCUGAUCAAUCAGUUUAAUGACCCGGAGAACACCAAAUCGUUCCUCUUCCUGCUGUCUACCAGAGCGGGUUGCCUGGGUGUGAAUCUCAUUGGAGCGAACCGUGUUGUUGUGUUCGACGCCUCCUGGAACCCGUGUCAUGAUGCCCAGGCCGUGUGUCGGGUGUACCGCUACGGUCAAAAGAAACCCUGUUACAUUUACCGGCUGGUUUGUGACUUUACCUUGGAGAAGAAGAUUUAUGAGAGACAGGUCUCCAAACAGAGCAUGUCCGACCGCGUCGUGGAUGACCUGAACCCGGCGCUGAACUUUACCCGAAAGGAAGUGGAGUCACUGUUGCAUUUUGUCGAAGAGGAACCUGAAGCAAGCAAGAUCAAUCUGAGGGCUUUUGAAGAUGAGCCAGUCAUAUAUGCAGCCUGUCAGCUUUACCCACACCUCAUCACCAAACAACCUUUCCAACAUGAAUCUCUGUUAGUGGACCGGAAGGAAUCCAAACUGACCAAAGCGGAGAAGAGAGCGGCCAAAAAAAGCUACGAGGAUGAAAAACGAGCUUCCGUGCCCUACUCUCGGCCUUCCUAUGCCCCUUAUUAUCCAAGCGGCAACCAUGCGCUCGCAAACAUAUCUGCAUUCAGUCAACGUGGCUGGCGUCCAAUGGCCCGGCCUGACGACAAGCCAGUCGCAAGUGUGAGGCCCAUCCAGUCGACCCCAAUUCCCAUGAUGCCUCGCCAGGUUGUCAUGGGCAUGGCGGGGGGCAGUUCUCCUGGCAGUUUACCAGUCAAUUUCCUGCAGAAGGCUGGAGUUUACGUUCAGCGGAUUGUCACCACAACAGACAUCUUCAUCCCGGGAGCCAACAGUACAACAGAUGUCCAAGCUCGGAUUCGCGCUGGCGAGAGCAUCCAUGUCAUCAGAGGAUCUAAAGGUACUUACAUCAGGACAAAUGAUGGAAGAAUUUUUGCAAUUAGAUCUGGAAAAAUCAGUAGACCAUCCGCCGCGGGCACGGCUGUUUCAAGAGAUAGCCAGCGUUCUGCGAUCCAUCCACUCAGCAAUGGCUGCGCCUCCCCCGGGGAACAACUGCAGCACUCACCCGAAGUUGACGUGGAGCACCAGUCCUCGUCUCCCUUGAGCUCCGAGAUUCUCCGCGAGCUCAGCCACUACACGGCGUCCACCAGCGACGCCACCGGCGGCGCGGGGAACGAACUCUCCUCCCCGUUGGAUGCGUCCGUCACAGCUGCGGGAGAUGGCCGGAGUCUGAUUCCGGACCUCCGCUCACCACUCAACGACGACCUCCUGACUUCGGGCUUAGAGACGCAAGGGGUGAAACGCAGGCAUACUGAAAGUCAAAGCGCCAUGGCCAAACGGACUCUGCCUACAUCGCAUUUCCCCGGCUUGUCCAUGAACUCCAGUGGGCUCAGUUUUCCACCAGUGGGUCUGAACUCUCCUUCGCUUUUAGGGAACCUGGGACAUAUGACUCACCCUCUUCUGAUGGGUGGAAGCGGUGGACCUUCAUUCCUUCAGGCACCAGGACAAACACUGGCAGACCUGCAAACCAUGUUCCCUUCCGCACCGGGCAACGGACAACUUCCUCCCCCUUCCGCAUCAGCUCUAUCAACCGCCCUCUCUUCGUCCUCCAACACCAUCCCCAUAUCGUCGGCAUCAUCAUCAUCCGCAACGACUUCCUCACUGGCAUCAGGUUCUCUGCCACCAUACUUGAUGAGCCCCAAUAUGACGGGGCUGCUUUCGUCAGGCUUCCCUCUCAACUACAGCCAGUCCCUGCUCCCAGAACCCCGGAUGUUUCCCGGCCCUCUCCUUGCCGGGUCAGCUGGUUUCCACACAGUAAACUCUGCUUCAAAUGCCUCCGGCUUCCUCUCCCAUUUCAACAAUCCCACAUCCAGCCUGUUUGGGUCGGCUCUGACCCAACCGGACAGGUAUCAGAGUGCGGAGAACGGAGGCGAUAGUUCCGAUGAUGAUGUCAUAGAGGUGACUGGACACUGAAGACUCACACAGGGACUGUUUGGAUACAAAGGUUAAUCAUGCCUGAUUGGACUGGGGUGCGAUUCGACAAAUAUUGUUUUUUCUGCUAAAAACAACCCUGACUCAUGUGAAUUGUGUAUAUCCUCAUUGUUUCUGAUAAACAGCUUCAUUUCAAUAUUCCAUGAUGUUCAUUUUUUGGCCAUUCAUUUAGUUGAUAGCAUUCCUUGUGCCAACAGCGACGCAGAGACAUCUUUCCCUGAUCAAUAGGGGAAUCCUCAUGCACUUUUAAAAAUGUUAUUAAGUCAGUAACACAUUUUUAUGCUGAAUAAAACUGUCUUGUUGGGUUUGCUGUGAAAUGGAGCAAGUAUUUGUAGCAGCACUCACAGGCCGAAUUCCCGACAGAUUUUAUUUCACACCGUGCAAAAUUCAUCACACUCAUCGUGGCCACGGACUAAUUUCACAACCCAAAUAUUAAAAAAUAUCAAUAAAUAAAAAUCCACUGAAAUAUUUGAGUCUGCCAAAAAGUAGAGCAUCCCAUUUGGAAAAGAGAUUGUGGUUCCGUGACUCAUUAUAAAACUGUAGAUAUCUGUAUAUAGCAGUUAUUCUCAUUGUUUAUAUUUCAACAAAUUCAUUUCAGCUUGUCGGGAGGUGUAUAAUUAUGGCAUACAGGAAGAUAACAGUUGCAUUGUUUUGCGACAGUUUUGGGAGGGGUCACUCCCCCUCCCUUUUAACACUCAAAUGAAUGUAUCUCAACUUGCCCUCAGUGACACACUCUUGUGUUCUGUCAUUUUUAGCCUUAAAUAACACAAAGAGGUCUUGGGUGUCCAGAUUUUAACUUGGUACGUGCUCUUUUUUUUUUACUUUGUUACCAUUGUGAUAUCAAAUGUGAACUUGCUCUUGUUUCCUAAAACAAGAACCGAUCAAGUCAAAGUAACACUCAGCCACUCAAACGUUUCCCAUCGUGGUCCGGGUAUUUACCGAAUGUCAACGUCUCCAUCAGAACAUUCACACUCACGCCCACGAGUGACUGCGGCCGGGCUGGGCCGGCCAGGUGGCGUUGUGGGCUUUGCCACCCGAACCAGUUGCAACGGCCUCCUGUGUUAGUAGUUAUGUCAGUGGUGUGUUUAGAUCUUUGCUGCUCUCAAGCCUUGUGUGUGGGGUUUUUUUUUUUGUAUUCACGCCACACUGAUGUUUCGAUUUAGGAAUCUGUUGAGUCGAUGGUUUUAUUGGCCUAUAGAUGAAAAAAACAGGAGAGCAUGAUACUAGACAGCAUAACCUGUAAAAAGUUUCCAGUAGACUGGUGGAGACAUUUUUUUGCUGUAUGGUUUUUCUUCAGCCUGUCUUAGAAUCUUGUAACGUUGCUCUGAAAGGCUGAUUAUGGAAACGAUGCAGAUCCCAUGUCUAUAUUUGUACUCUUGUUAGAAUUUGAAGUGGGUUAUCAUUGCUUUAUGUUUAACUCUGUUGUUUCAUGUCCAGUGGGGUCAUUUUUAUGGAUUGGAUAUUUAAUUUUUUUAAUUACUUUUUAUAAUUUGAUCAUGUGUUCUUUCAAUAGUAGCUUCUCUCAUUUCAGUAUAUGUAGUUUCUGAAAUGUAUUUAUUAUUUUUUUAUUACCUUCUGUUCACUUAAAUGGCUGAUCCACGCCAUGUAGACAAAAGCAGAAAAUAACUGUUAUUAAUGUUAUUUUAAAAAUAAAACACUUCUAUUGCA